CGGUUUGAAUUGUGUGCGAUGAUUUAGGAAAGUGCGCGGCGCGUUUGUACGAGCACCAUCGCGAAAAUACAAUUGCCUGAGGAGGCUAAGGAGCAACGAGAUCGCGAUCGACAAAAAUCAUUCACAAUGGUUCACACGAGUUACGCACAGUGGGCUUGUUUGCCGAGCACGUACCGGAAAAAGGUGAAUCCAGGAAGCAAGGCAGCUCAACAAGGAGUGAGAGAGGGUGAUCUGAUCAGUAAUAUUAACGAAAGAAGCACUCGAGAUCUGACUAACAGCGAGGCGCACGCUCUGUUACGUAAUUCUGGGGAGCAGCUAAAACUUGGUCUCAACCAAGAAAAUAUCGGCUCGCCGAAAAGGAGGAUCUACAGGAGCAGUCUGCAAGAGAACACCACUACCGAAAUUCAGAACAAGAUCACCACAAGGACCACAACGACAACGCGCACACGGACGGAGUCGGAGAGGAACGUUGCCAAUGACACAAAAGUCGAGCAGAGCUACGCCAAUCAGAACGGUGGUCUGAAGAGCUGCCCGAGCGAGCAACGAAGCGACGCUAAGAAAGGACACUGCGACCUUCUGGAUUACGCAACCGACGCGGAGGACUACGCCGUGAUGCCGCAGGGCAAUGCGCGUAACCGCAACCGCAGCCGCAGGAAUCGGAACCGACGGCGACCUCCUCAGCCACCGACGAACAUCACGGAAUCCUCGCGAAAGGCCGAGCAGAGGAAACUCGAGGAGGAGAAUCGUCCAACCUCGAGGAACGAGCGCGAUAACGGCGACGACGACGAUGACGACAACUCGAAGACGAACGACUCCGUCGCGGAGAAUCCCGUUCCGGAGAAUGUCGACCUGACCGAAGACGAGGCUCAGGGCGGAUCUUCGUUGAAUCACAGAUGCAGAUUCCGACCGAACGAUAAGCGCAGAAUCGAGAAGAUCGACCUAGCAGAAUCUCGUCCCGGGAUAAUCGAGAUCACGACCGUCAGCAGUUUACCUCUGGAAGCGACGAUCGGCCAUAUCGCCGGGGUGGGCAUUUUGGAAACCGGAAAUGGUAACGGAGCGUUGAAGGAGGCAACGAUAGUGACGGUAUUGGAACCGGUGGAAUUGGUACGGCCGCUUUCUGAUCGUACAAAGACCAGGCUCUCGCGAGGGAAUGAGACUCGAUUGGAGAUCCGAGAAGUCAAUGACAGCGAUGCGGAGGCCGAUUGUGGGUCAGCAAUCGUCGAAUUCGAAUCCGAUGCAGAGUCGGUCGGGGGCCAGGAUUCCGAGGAUCGCGUGGAAUUCAAGCCAAGGGAUCGGAUCGGGCAGCAAUAUGUGCCACAGAAGAAGUUUCUCAAACCGGAAAUGGAAUCUCCGACUCUGAUGUGGGCCACCGUGAUGCCCAGAGACGUGGAGAAAAAGCUGCGAAAUUUUAUCGAGGACCUGCAACUACCGAGUUUCUCAGAAGAAGUAAUCGAGGAUGAGGGAAGAUCUCUCGAGAAAGUUGCGUGCGAUUUCGCGGCAGAAGAGAACAGAUCGUUCGAGAAAACAGCUAGCUCGCCACGUCGGAAAACGAGGAAGCGCGCGAUGUCGGCGUCGCAUUACGCCAGCAGCUUUCUGGACAUUAUACAAGAAGAGGGUGAAAGAUUAUCGGAAGACGAGGCACAGCAUAUCAGAGAUUUCAUAAACGAGGAAAUUAGUAAGUAUCGGCGCGAGGACAGGCAUUCUGUCGAGAGGAUGACAUCGACGGAUGACAUCGAAGCGAGAAGGGUUGAUACUGACAAGAUUGAAUCGGCUGAUGAGAAGUCGGAAUGCGAUAUUAAGAUUGAGAUUGAUACGAUGAAUGACAUUUCGGAAUUAUGUUCAUGCGAUAAAGCAAACACUUGCGACGAGAUUGAAAACGUCGAGCCUAAUUUCGUUGAAAGCAUUGCGAGUCCUGAAACUAAAGUAGUAAAAGACACUGAUCCUGUGACUGAAACGAUGAGCGAAAAAAUGAAUGCAAAGGACGACAUCCUAAAUAAUGAAUCUUUGGAAAUUUUAGUAGACGCGACGCAAGCUAAUUUAAACCUCGAGGACCGUUGUAUUAUUGAAGAAAUUGAGAUUGUGAAAAAUGAUACUACGAAAGACGGUGAGGAAAAUAAUGAAGCGGAGAAGCUAGAAAAAAACGUGACAAGUAUUGUGACUGUAAGUGAUAUCAGUGACGCAGAUGUAAGUAAAGCGGAAGGUAAUAAAUUUUCGUCCGCAGUCGAGGCACCUGCAAAAUCAGACAACCGCGAUGUUCCACGAAAAGAUUCCAUCGAGACUCGAAGGAUCGUUAAUCACAGCGUAUCACGAGUGGACGACAGAGUUGAUUCAGCCUCGAAUUCGUCAUCGAGCGAAGUAACCCUGUCGGAAACGAAGCGACCGCCGCCUCUACCGAAGAGGUCAUCCAGUUUCGGCCGCGAGCCUCCUCAGAGACCGCCGACGCCACCUGAAAUAGACUAUAUCUCGAGCGGCGCGAAGAUUCAUCAGACGUCUGUUGCGGCGAACGGCGACGGACGCGAACACGACGAGUCGACGAAUUUAUCCGCGCGGAAGCCGAUUGUGAAGCGUGCGAGUUGUGAAGCGGCGGACGACGGGCUGCCACGACAGCCGGAGCUUCCCGGAGCUUGCAAGAGUUUUUGCACGUCGAGGACCGGUCGGGCAAUUUAUGGCGAAGAUUUUUCGAGCUCGCGUGACAUCCUCUCGACAAUCGUUCGCGCUAAUGAGAUUCGUGGCCGUAUAAAUCAGGUCAGACGCGCCGACACCGCUCCGACAACUGGGAACGUUGAAGCUUCGACCGAGGGCGGUCGAUCGAUCGCGUCAUCGGGUAUUCGCGACGAUGAUCUGUCACGCUCGCGCGGCACCGGUACGCACGUCGUCACGUUGGCAAGCACGACUAGCACGGAAAUAACGCGUCGCGAGGAAGGGAAACUCGCGACGCCCGCUGCAUCGGUGGUAUAUGAUCAAAACGCGUCGUCGUGCCAGCAGGAGGGUGAGGCCGAUGUGUGCCGGUAUCCCUCGGGUCAGGAGAGACACACGAAUUCGGAAAGGAAGGAUUCUACAGCGAAUCACGAAUCACCGAGGUGCAAUAAAUCAGAUACUUGUUCGAAUUUUUCGGUGAGAGACAAAUCGGCGUCGUCGAGUAUGGGUACGCCGAGUUCAAAGAGCAAGAAGAAACCCGAGGGAAAAAUCGAGAAGAACGAGAAAUCGACAUAUGGCUUUCACCGUGAACGAAUAGUGAAGAGUGAGACGUCGGAGACGAAAAUAAUCGAACGACACGAGGAGAGUACGAGCGCUAACCAGCGCGAUGGCCUUCGCGAUUCGAAGUAUUCGACGUGGGAGUCGAAGCGUGAAGAGAGGUGCGAGGAAAAGCACGAGGAAGAAACGCGCAGCUCAUCCCGAGAAAGCGAUACGAGGAAUUUGUCCGACGACGAAGUGAGCUUUCAAAGAACGGACGUCCCAGUGAGCGAGAGUCCCUCGCUCGAAGAUGAGUUAAUCGAUGUUCAAGGACAUGACUCGUCCAGCAGCACCACAUCCUUGAACACCGUAAAGCAUCGUCCGUUGGAAGCGUCGUUGACCGAUAUUACCGCGAUUGUCCGCGAGACGAGGGAGGAGAACUUGAAAGACGAAGUGGGAGAAUCCCUGAAGCGGAAGCUCACCUUGCUGAAAAACACGGAAAGAUUCGUAAAUGAGACGACGCCGAGAGAGAAUUCGAAAUCGCCUCAGCUGGUCCCUUAUUCGCCUGUAGAGGAUCUUUAUCAUGUGCCAUUGAAGAAAACGGUCUCAGAAAUUCCUGAGAUAGCCACGAAAGACGUGUCGCGACAACCACCUUCUCUCAGGAAGCUCUGCGUUGAGAGGAUUCUGUCGAUGCCGUAUGGACCGCAAGUGAUAGGCGAGAUCACUACGCCAAAGUUCAACAUCUUCGAGAGUUUGCGGACUCUACAGAGGUUUGUGAGUGACGCGCCGGCGCAUCCACACGAUAACGCUCGACUAAACUCAAUGCAUGAAGUGAGUGAUCGACGGCACGGACUAACGAAAACGUCGGACGAGAGCGAGCGGCAUCGUCCUAACGACAUUACGAACGCUGUUUCAGACCAGGCCAAGUUGCCGAAAGGCAUUAAUAUUGAGUUGUCAGAGUCGGAGAACGAGAUGGAGAACCGGGAACCACGGUGGCGUGCGCUCACUACAAUGGACCCCAAGCUUCUGGUAUGCCUGUCGCCGUCGCAACAGGCCACGCAGGUGCGCACGAGUGCCGAUACCCUGCUGGAUCUUCACCGAAAGUUCCUAAACCGGUACAGUUACCGCGAGGAACAGCCACAUUACGUUCCUCUGCCGCAGUACCGAGUUGAGAUCCAUCCGAUCAAAGAGGACAACAACGCGAUUUCGAAAACACCUAAGCCGACUACUCGAGCGAAUCAUCGAGACAGCACGAUCGAGAGUUCUAGCAGCAGGCUGCUGGAAAUCAUCAAGGAAGAACGAAACGGUCCUCGAAACGAUACACUCGCGGAUCAGCAGACGAAGACGAUAACCGAUGACGCCAUUGGCGACUCUUUUGGGCGCAGGGGUCAAGAAUGUUUCAAGGCCGAGCCUCGGCCGAGCGACUGGUUGAAUCUAGCCAGACACGAUCGCCGAAACGCCACCGCGAACGAGCUAUUCUUGGCGGCAACGAGGGGCGACAAGGAUGGCGAAUCGAGCGACGAUAAGCCGAAUGGUCACGUGGUCCAGUCUGAUCGGCUUAAGAUUGCGACACGUUCCGCCGCCCAAGCUGGAUAUCGAUCGUCGACGAACAACAACGCGAUAACUCGCGAUUCAGAGAGAUUCUUAGCGAAUAACAUUAAGUGUCCGAUCGUGCUGAACGGUAUCGUUACUGAUCGAUUGAUGGAUGCCACUGGCAAGAGGACGCCGCCUCUCAGGAAGACAACUGAUCUUGGCAAGCACGUGAAUCCGGCGUUGAUCGACAACAAACUCGAGGUACCACCGUUGCCGAAGCGCGCGGUCACGGUUGACAGAUCGUGCAUCGAUACGACGAGUAUUUUUGAUCAGAGUCCGCCGAGAAGUCGUCUGGAACCACGAAGAGGACACCAUGAAGCGGAGAAACUGAAACACGUGGCCGCUGUGGAGAUCAUGGAUAAACUGAAAGAGCUGCAGAUGGAAACAUCACGGCGGCUCGACGACGAUCAGAAGGGCUCCUUACCUCAAGAAUACUUCGCUCAGCAGCUGAGGUACAUCGAGCUAUUAGAAGAUCAACUAAAAAACGUGAUAUUAGCGGAAGAGGAGGAAAGAAAGGCUUUCGAGGAAUUUCAAACGCAUUUUCAUCGAACGAAACAAUGUGACGACACGAGAUCGUCUCUCGCUGAUAUUCCCGAAGGAACCUCGAAAAAAAUCAGCAUAAAUCUCGAACGUGAACGUAAAAUUCCGAUCGAUGUCCAUGGGAUGACAGACGGAAAAUGUGGGGAAGAUAAGCGAGCGGAACCUCGAGGUCUCGAGGAGAAAUGCUUCAAAGAGAUCUAUCGAAGCGAGCCGAGAAUUCAAAAAGAAUCUUGGCAAGAGAAGUCACGGAAUAUAGAAAAGAAUCGUACAGAGACGAUCGAUAAAGUAGGCAAUCGGCAGUUUCUGAAAAAGGUAUAUCAUGAGAACGGGCAUCACGAGGAGAAAUCCUCAAAAAGUAUUAAACAUGAGGAACGCCAUGUGAUCACGCAGAAGGAAAACUUGGCGAGAACGGAGGAAAAUGGUACGUUUAAGUCUCGCGAGGACGAAGUUAACGAUCGUUGCACGAAAACGCGGUCGACAGGGACACCGAGAAACGACUCUGAGGUGUUCGCUGAAAAGAUGACUCAGCAUAAGAACGUUGAAGUGAGGAGACCGACGACAUUACCAACGAACGGGGAGGCAUUUCGCCAGCGAAUGUACGACGAGUACGUGCACAAGGUGUUAGAGCGGCAGGAGCGGAAGAGUCACAAAGUCGUGAAGAUCAGCUCGCACGAAGACAUCAAGCGCAAAGCGGAUGGUGACAUGAGUGCGAUGGCAAAGGAAUUCAUCGAGAAGGCACGCAGUAGGCUGAACAAGUUCGGGAUCAAUCUCGACGAGAGCGGGACGGAGCACGAGGAUGAAGAUGGCGAUGCUCUGAUCAACGCGAAAUUCCUAAUAGAUGGCAAGGAGUUGCAGGACGUUCGGAAGCUGCCGAAACAUCUGCGGGAAUUUUUGAAGAUCUCCACGAUGAGCGACGACGAGGGCGAAAACGUUAUGUUCGCCCCCACGUUUAAAGCCUCGUCGGCGAAACCAGGCGUUUGGUCGCCAGGACAAACGCCAGCUGAGAAGGCACCGAGUCCCGAACGAAGGAAAGAACUACAGAAGAAGAACGAGCCGAUCCCAUCGGUUUGGACCCCCGCCAGCGCCGGCGCGAGUCCUGUCGCUGAGAGGAAGGAAUUUCGUCCUGUGUCAUUCGAGAGUCCUGUACUAAGCCGGAAGAGGCAGCCGAAGGAAGAAGAGGCGCUUCCGCCCUGGGAAGGUGAGGAGGAGAGCGGCAUCUCGCGAAUUGUGAAUUCGCAUUCGGCACCCUCCCAGGGGUUGAACACCCUCGCGUCUACGCCGCGAUUGCCACGUGCCCAGAAUCCGACCAUCACAUUGCUGCAGAAAGCGCGAGAGGGACAAUUGCCGAAAGGCGCAGCUUACUUGGAGGAAAGCGAUAAUCGGCCAGUGAACGACGAAAGGCCGCUAAUCUCUCCGGGAGAGAUAAUCUACACGUUGAAGAAAGAAUACGAAAGCGAGCCGGAAACGGAGAAUGAACUACCGAAGAAGAUGGCCGAUCUGGGCCCUCGAAAAUUCGAGGGAAUCGGACCGGUGACUAGGGAAGGUAUCCCUCUCGUGUUAAGAUCGGAAGUCAAGGAAAGCAAUCAAGCGAAAUGGUACAAGAAAAUGUAUGACUCGUUGCACCGCGCUGAUAGAAACGAUGACUACGUAACCAUAAAAUACAAAUCAAGAAGAGGAGGGAGAUAUGGAUACGGAAGCGGCAGCGGAUAUUUGAGUGAACCGGAACCGCGUGCAUACUCGGAUCGAUCCGUUACUCUCGAUAGCCGUCGACGGCUGCGCAACAAAGAAAAUGACUUCACCACGGCGACUAUGCCCAGAAAAAAUGGAGCGCUGAAAUACUCGACAGAGAUUUAUAAAAAUCAACCUGGCCGCAUCGAGGACUAUGAACCAGGACACUCGUCGAUCGCCGAGAAGGAAGCUAAAGAGUGGUGGGACGAGGUCAUGGACAUAUUUGACGGGUGGCUGAACGAAAACGGACAUCCUCAGCACGCUAGGAUGGAGUCUCUGGGCGAUGGCGUCCGGCAGUCCCGCGUCCUCAGCCUUUCCUACCGGCCGGAGGACAGUCCUUUCGAUCAGCGCAGCAACGCACGUGCUGCGGCUAAGCCGUACAUAACUCAUGCCCUCAAAGAGUCGGGCUACGAGAGCGACUCGACGCUGGUGUUCCGCCGACGAGAAGAUAUUAGUCCGCUCAGCCUUUUGGAGCAGAGACUAGCAUACAAAACAGUGCAGAGCGGUGGUGACGUACCCCUCCAUGGGCUUCGCAAGCCAGCUCCAGAACGUCCAAAGGAAUACUCGAAUGCCCCCCCGCCGCCACCAAAAUCCCAGCAUUGCAGAGACGAUCGCCAAGAAUCGCCGAGGCGUUAUGUGGAGGGUGAGGUGACGAUUCACUAUCGCUCGCCGGUACGUACAGAGGCGAAGGAGCCGCUGAGCGAGGAGGAGCUCGCACGUCGCAGCGCGGAGAACAUGCGGCGCGUCUACCAAGAGGAGCGCCGUCGCAAGUAUCUCCAGGAGUUGCACGACAUCGACUCCCGCAGGCACACCGAUAAUUUUAUACCAUCACAGAAGUCGCCCAUACCCCUGAAUCGCUACGACGAUUUCGUGGACGAUUUGAGCCAGCGAAGUCGAUCCCAAGAUCAAACACCGGAGCCGCGUCUGGUGGCAAGAGCGCUCUACAAUUUCGUCGGCCAGUCGUCCCGGGAAUUGACUUUCCGGCGCGGCGACCUUAUAUUCGUUCGACGACAGGUGGACAAGAAUUGGUACGAGGGAGAAUACAACGCGAUGAUCGGACUGUUUCCUUCCAACUAUGUCGAGAUCCUACCGUACGACGGUACGAUGCGAACGACACCAAAGAAGGCUCACGAGGGACAGGCACGGGCCAAGUUUAACUUUAUCGCCCAGACCAAUCUUGAGUUAUCCUUGGCGAAAGGCGAAUUGGUGGUCUUAACAAGGAGAGUCGACGAAAAUUGGUACGAAGGGCGUAUAGGAAACAGAAAAGGGAUCUUCCCAAUUUCCUACGUCGAAGUUAUCACCGAACCUGGACAUCGAUCAGAGACACCGAUUCAGAACAAACCGGUCGCGUCUCCGGCGGCGCACAGUCUCUUAGCAAACGGCUCGUCCGGAGGAAAAAUGAGUAUGGGACCCCAUCAUUACGUGCCGUCCAUCCCGGUCAAUAUCAACACAACCCAGCCCCAUUAUAAUUCACUGCCACGUAUGGGAGGGAGCAAGUUACAUGUGUCACAACUCAGCGAAACUCUGCAUAUCGACACACAUUCGGAACCAAUCCCAUACCGGGCAUUAUACAACUACAAACCGCAGAACGACGACGAGCUAGAGUUGAAGGAGGGCGACACGGUGUACGUGAUGGAGAAAUGCGACGACGGAUGGUAUGUUGGUUCCAGUCAGAGAACCGGCUACUUCGGCACCUUCCCGGGCAACUACGUGGAGAGAUUGUGAGGAAGGUCGACGGUCCAGGACGCCACGCGGCGCAUCAGGACCCAGGAUAGCUUUCACCAAAGCACUAAGCGUUAGAAUAAGCACCAAAUUUUUCAAUGUUUAACCCAAUCGUUUCUGACAUCACGAAAAUUUCUGCAAGUUACAGCCAGAAGAGACUUUUGUUGAAAGGAAUUUUAAUUUUUUUUCCUUUUUUUAUUGUAAAAGUGAAGAACAGACAUGUAUAUAGCACGCAUGAUUGUAACUCCUGCAUCUUUUACGACGCGAUUAUUUACAGGUAAUUAUGAGACAAUUUAUUUUACGAUUAUUUAUUUCUUUAUUAUGCAGGCGCAUAUUUGCAGUUUUUUAUUACGAUGAAUGAAAAUUUUAAGAUAUUUUAACAAUCGAUUUUUUUAAUGAUUUAGUAAUUAAAUUUUAAUUUUGCUGAUACGGAAAUUUAUACCUUCAAAGUUACUAGCUAAUGAAUUUCUUCAUUUAAUUUUCGACAUCAAAGAUUUAUUGAUCUUGCUCGAAUUAUGCACUAUAUGUAAUUUCAUAUAACACACGUAAUAACACACGUAACUGUCGCGAAAUGUUACUGAUACAACGAAUGAGACUUCUAAUUAAAUCCAUGCGAUUUGUCGCACGGAAGUACUUUCGCCGAGUUCGGCGAAUAUGAUUAAAAGGUUUUGUGCAACGUCAAACGAUUUUUAUCGUUCCGAGCAAUUCGAGAGGCGAGAGGGUUAAGCGUCCACAGCAGGAAGUGAAGAAACGUCACAAGAGUCUUCCUUUUUGGGUCUAACGAUGUUAAUUGAUAACGCUGUUAGGAUAAAUGUUAGAACUGUCAGUGUUUGCGGCGUGGCGUAAUGGGGUUCUCGUGUGAUCAGAGUUACUAUCCGUAUAUUAGUAGAUUAUCAACUAAGAUAUUGAUGUUUCAUUAACAUAUAUAUUUCCUCGGUACUUUUGUUUUAAAGUCAUUCUUUGUUACGAUAUGAUAUCUACGCAGUCAAACACAUGUUAACGAUAUUCAAAAAUAUCGGAGAUAACCGCUGAUCAUAUCAGAACCUUUUUUUUGGCGUCGAAUUUACCAAAAGAUUUAGCAAAAUAGUACGCUAGGAUACGUGAGUUUGUAAGUAAAGUUUGUAAGUAGUGUACGAUAACAAUUAGUAACUUAUUGUUACUGCUGUUCUUGGCAGCUGUUAACUUAAUUCAAAAAGAAUGAAAAAAAGAAGCAAAAAAUGAGAUAUGAGAAGAAUACAACAUCGAAAGGGAAAGGGUUUCGAGAUAUUGAAGAAAUAAUUAGAUUUGAUUCUAGGGCCGUACUCCAAGAUGGGAGACUAAUUAGCACGCGGAGACUUGUGUUGAGUUAGAGAGACGCGGAUGGAGGUUUCUUUAUGAUUUCGGUAUUGUAGAUAAAAUCGGCCACUGUUAUUGUUGCAUUCGUGAGUAUUU